AGCCUCUGUUUACCUUCGAUAUUGCCUGUUAGUGACUAACAUUUGCUAUUCAAACCACGACAAAAAACAGCCGUUGUCGAAAUUUACGUCAAAUUCAGUCUGGUUAAAUGACAAACUAACACGUUUUUAAUUAACAUUAACACGACAAAUUAGCACCCGUUAAAUGAACAUAAAAACGACAAACUAGCACUUGUUUAAUGAACAUUAAAAAAGCGACAAGCUAUUCAUGUUCGUGGCUAACAUUUGCUCUUCGAAACACAACAAAAACAGCCGUUGUAGAAAUUAUGUCAAAUUCAGCCUGGUUGAUUGACAAACUAAUAUGAAUAAUACACAAAUAAUUAACAUAAAUACGAAAAAUUACCACCCGUUUAAUUAAUAUAAAAACGACAAACUAGCACUUGUUUAAUGAUAUAUAUACAGUAUAUAAAUAAAUUGAUAAAGUUGGAUCAAUGUUUAAUAUAUUUGAGGACUUAAAGUAAUUCAACCUUCAAAACACAUGACAUAAAACCAUAAAUAUGGUUGAAUGAUUUAUUAAAACAGUUGUUUUUUAUUAUUGUAAAAUAUACACCUUAUGAAAUGUCUAAAAACGUUUCAUAAAGGCAUAAUUAUCAAUAACCAUUUUAGAUUUACUUAUUUUAAAAACGAGUCUAAAAGAGCAAGAAUUGCAGUCGUUCUGUUUAAGGUUAGGAACGACAUAGACGUGAUUGCUUGUUGUGGUAGGACAUAUUUAAGGUUGUACUUUUAUAACGCAUGCGCAUUAGCCUCUGUUUACCUUCGAUAUUGCCUGUUCGUGGCUAACAUUUGCUAUUCAAACCACGACAAAAAAACAGCCGUUGUCGAAAUUUACGUCAAAUUCAGUCUGGUUAAAUUACAAACUAACACAUUUUUAAUUAACAUUAAAACGACAAAUUAGCACCCGUUAAAUGAACAUAAAAACGACAAGCUAGCACGUGUUUAAUGAACAUUAAAAGCGACAAGCUAGCACGUGCUUAAUGAACAUAAAAACGACCAGCUAGCACAUAUUUAACGAACAAAACGAAAAUGUUUACAUCGCAAACGUCGUCAUUCCAGGAUUCCAUCGACGUGGAGGAGAGAGAAGACUUCGACAACGAGGACAUUUCAGGCUACAACCAGAAGGUUCAAUUGAACUGCUAUUACGCCAUCUAUCUGUACCAGGGCACAAGAUCUGAGGCUACUGGGGAAAAUGUGUCUUGGAAGCAAGGGCGAGCAGACUCCACAAGCAGUCAGGAGGACUUUAGCUUGACCCUGAUUGACAGCAGCCUGCCAAUGGAGGCGGAACCAGAGCUGCGCACGUACAUCUCCAGGAGGCUGAGCAAAGGAGCCCUGCUCGGAGGCAUGGGCAACAUCGCCACGGUGGAACUCAGUGUUCCAGAGCAGGCAGUGGGCUGCUAUUGUUGCCUCCUGGAGCAGGAAAGAUCCCCCGACCAACCCGAUGCAGACGGCAACGGAUACGUCAUCUGCUUCCUGGGAGGUUCCGAAAAAGGACUCAACUUAUAUCGACUGGAGCUUGACAAAUACGUCCAAGGCCUUCACAGCAGCCUGCAAACACCAGAGCUGCAGAACUUGGAGACAGAGCUGCGUCCCUACCUGAGUCGCUGGUACGAGGAGUCGGUGAUGCACGUUCAGCGUGUGGUGCAGCUGGUCCACUGCAACAUCAGCUUCCUGCUGCACGCUGCCCUGAGUCACAAGCAGGUGGACGUGACCAACGCAGACCAGAGGACCAAGGCGGACGUGUCCAGGUUCAUCAAGGCGGCGAGCCUGCAGGGUCUGUCUCAUGGGGACACCACUUCAGCCUCUCUGUGUAAAGCCAUGUGUGAUGACACCCACUAUGACCUCAUCAUUGACUGCUCACUGAGCCCGCCCACCCUCGCCAACACCAGAAGUAAUCGUUUCUGCGAUGACUGGAGUCAAGCCUUUCUGAACGCUGCAGAACGAGGAAACCCUUUCUUACUCCGACAGAUCCUGGAGAACUUCAAACUUAAGGCCAUCCAGGACAUGAACAGCCUCAAGCGGUUUGUGCGCCAGGCGGAGAUGAGCCACUACGCUCUGUUCCGCUGCUGCCAGUUCCUGCAGAGCUGCGGCAACGGCGACGUGCUGCUGCAGAACGCCAAGGCCGAGCACAGCGACCUGCCCGAGGCCUGCCGCAUCAUCAACGUGCUGGAGGAGUUCCUGGGGGAGCAAUUGCAGGCCUGAUGACAGCAUCAUCCAGGUUACAUAUUUAAACACUACAUGGGACGGGUGUUUUAUUUAAGGUGCAAUACUACGCUCCGUGGGUAGUGACAGUUUGUCUCAGUGAACAUGACAUCAUUGCUAAUUGUCACAUAGAAUUUAAUGUUUUAAACUAAGAAAUCAUUUUUGUCUGUUAAAAUAUGGUCAGUGUGUGAACUUGCAAUUAUUUUCGAGUGCUUUCUUUUCCAUUUGUUGUAGUAUAAAGGAUCUUUGAUUAAGGGAUAGACACAAUAGAUUUAUGUAUAAGCUGCUAAAAAACACUAAGUGUAAAGGAAAUAUGUCACCUAGUUGUGAAAAGUGACGUGUACUGUGAAUUUUGUGAAAUGUGAUACCGUAUUUUUCGGACUAUAAGUCGCAGUUUUUUUCAGUUUGGCCGGGGGUGCGACUUAUACUCAGGAGCGACUUAUGUGUGAAAUUAUUAACACAUUAGGGUAAAAUAUCAAAUAAUAUUAUUUAUCUCAUUCACGUAAGAGACUAGACGUAUAAGAUUUCAUGGGAUUUAGCGAUUAGGAGUGACAGAUUGUUUGGUAAACGUAUAGCAUGUUCUAUAUGUUAUAGUUAUUUGAAUGACUCUUACCAUAAUAUGUUACGUUAACAUACCAGUUGGUUAUUUAUGCCUCAUAUAACGUACACUUAUUCAGCCUGUUGUUCACUAUUCUUUAUUUAUUUUAAAUUGCCUUUCAAAUGUCUAUUCUUGGUGUUGGCUUUUAUCAAAUACAUUUCCCCCAAAAAAUGCGACUUAUAUGUUUUUUU